AUGGAAAAGAAGAUGAAAAAUAUUGGUUCAGAGAAUACCGAAGAGCAACGUCGAAAGUACAGACAACUUCUGUUCACUGGGAAUCCAGAUCUCGGGAAGUACAUAUCUGGUGUGAUCAUGUUCCACGAGACGUUUUAUCAAAAAUGUGAUGACGGGACGCGAUUCGUCGAUGCGCUGAAGAAACAGGGCAUCAUACCGGGAAUUAAGGUUGGUUUGUGCUCAGACUGA